AUGUCAGCAGCCAAGUGUGUCUUAAAGUUUCAAAUUCAGGGAGGUUUCAAGGUCUAUGGUAUUUCUAGGGAAGUUGGAGUGAAAGCUACAGUGGAAAAUGCAUUUCGCCUGUUGCGGAUUCCUCCCCUCGUGAGCUUCCGACGAGAGACGGUGAGCGGCGCGACCUCGGUGUCCCUCGCAAGGCCGGUCAAGCCACGCCCCCCCAGAGGCAACGAGCAAGGUCCUCCCCAUCGCCAGGUAUAUAAGAGUGUCCCUUCCAUUGCAAGCCAUGAGUGCACAUCCCUCUCUCUGAUCAUGGAUUAUAAGUUCGCAGUUUUGGCGCUGGUGCUGGGAGUGGCUGCGGCCGCCCCUCAGUACGGCUACGAGAUCCCAACGGCGCCGACCUCCCUCUACGAGACCCCGGCCGAGAGCGUGCAGGAGCCCGUCCAGCUGUACGAGGCGCCCAGAGACAACGUCCUGAUCGCUGAGCCCCAGAACAUUGUGCCGAAAAUCGUUUCUCCACCUCCCGCCCCCAUGGAAGGCAUGCCCUACGACUUCGAGUGGGGCGUGCAGGACCAGGACAGCGGCAACGCCUUCAGCCACGUCGAGAACAGCGACGGCCAGACGAUGCAGGGCGAGUACCGGGUCCUCCUUCCCGACGGUCGCACUCAGGUGGUCAAAUUCUUCGACAACGGAGAGGGCUUCAACGCUGAUGUUACUUACGAAAAGUAAACACCGGUGUGGAAUGUGAACUAGCCUCUCCCUUGGUCUUCCUAUUUACCAUUACAUGUAUAUUUCUAACUGCUCUUGUAAAGACUUUUCUUUGUGUGUAACUAUUCUUAUUUAUGUGAUCCUUUCAAAUCAAUAAUAAAUCUUUUUAUGAACA